AUGAUGCCCCGGACCAGCGGCGCCAGCCUCGACCUCGGCCUCAGCCUGGGCCUGGGCCUCACCUCCCAGGGCAGCCUCUCGUCCUCCACCACCACCGCCGGCUCCUCCUCGCCCUGGGCCGCCGCGCUCAGCUCCGUCGUCGCCGACGUCGCUAGGGCGCGGGCGGACGCGCACGCGCUGUACCACGCCUCCGCAUCCGCCGCCGCUGCCGCUGCGGGGCUGGACCUGGACCCCGCCGACCGCGCCGCGAUGCGCGCGUCCACGUCGCCCGACAGCGCCGCCGCGCUCUCCAGCGGCGCCAGCGGGGACAACUCCAACAAGAGGGACAGGGAGCUCGAGCGCACCGGCUCCGGAGGCGUCCGCAGCGACGAGGAGGACGGCGCGGACGGCGCCGGCGGGCGCAAGAAGCUCAGGCUCUCCAAGGACCAGGCCGCCGUCCUCGAGGAGUGCUUCAAGACGCACAGCACGCUCAACCCCAAGCAGAAGCUGGCGCUGGCCACCCGCCUGGGCCUCCGGCCACGGCAGGUGGAGGUGUGGUUCCAGAACCGCCGCGCCCGGACCAAGCUCAAGCAGACGGAGGUGGACUGCGAGUACCUCAAGCGCUGGUGCGAGCGCCUCGCCGACGAGAACAAGCGCCUCGAGAAGGAGCUCGCCGACCUCAGGGCGCUCAAGGCCGCGCCCUCGCCCGCCGCGCAGCCCGCCUCGCCCGCCGCCACCCUCACAAUGUGCCCGUGCUGCCGCCGCGUCGCCGCCACCGCCGCGACGCCCACUAAACACCACCAGCAGCAGCAAUGCCACCCCAAGUCUAGCUCUAGCCUCCCUGCCGCCGCCGCCGGUGGCGCCUGUAGUGUCGUGCCCAGCCACUGCCAGUUCUUCCCGGCCGCCGUUGACCGGACGAGCCAGAGCACGUGGAACACCGCCGCGCCGCUCGUCACCAGAGAGCUCUUCUGA